UAUUACGCAAUCGAGUCCCGACAUUGGCGAUGAUCAUCGAAUUACCAUACGAACCGCGAUCGACCACAGUUUCGCGUGAUUCUUCCUCGCGAAGAAGCACGUUCCUAGCAGCAAUAGUAAAGAGUCUAGCCGAUUCAUAGCUCUGUGCAUAGUUACGGAUCCUGAGCUCUCGUCUUCUCCCGUUACCAUUUCGCAAUCGAAUCAUUUAGAGGACAAAGGAUCGUCGCGUUGUUCAUGGAUCAUGGACUCGAGCGUCUAUCGUUUCCGUUCUUUUCGACUCACAACGAGCAAACGAAAUCGCGUCGGUGGCUAGACAACGUUUCGAAGAAUCGUCAAAAGGAACGGAUCAUCGGCUAUUUCACGAGAGAGCCCGACAGCGGCUUAAGGUGCCGAAAUAGAGUGCGUAUACGAGGCGGUAGGAAACCGUGCAGCAGCGCAGCCUGCUGCGAGGUCGACGAUUCGACGCUUGGACGCUCGGACUUGGAUCCCAGUUGUUGCCAGUACGCGAUUACGCAUUUAGUCGUCUAAGUGGAGGCACCCGCGAGUGCAACGACGAGUUACGAGCAGUUGUGUCUACCGAGAACACGAGUCUCAUUCCUGAUCGAGCGUACCGUCAUCGACGAUCCAAUGUCGUCGUAGUAGAGGUCGAUUCGGAUUUCGGACGGUGUAGAUUCGAGAACGGGUCGCGCUGGAGGCUCGGGAACACUUUGGAUGCAACAAGUGCAGAGUGCUGUACAAAGGAGUGGAGAGUGAAGAGCAGUCGAUGAAGAACAACGACACGGAGCUAUUCUUUGCGCGCUUUGUGUCACGUGCGCGUUUACUUAGUUGCUAAAAAUUAACGGGCAUAGUAACGAUUGUAGCAAGUUACGUUUAUCAUCAAACGUUAUUCUUGCAACGACGGUGGGACCACCAUUGUUCGUGAAGGAACCACGAUGCUCGUGGACGCCCUAUUAACACGAUACUUCGUACACAGAUAAAGACGUCGCGCUUGUACGGACCGUGUGUGUAUACGAAAAGAGUACGAGUUGGAAUAUCGUUUUUGUAUCUGUACCUCUCUUCUAUUUCCUUUUCUCCUUCUUGCUUUCGAUCAAUACAAACCGUUUACCAAAUCGGACAAUUUCUCUUCCAGACUUCCGCGCAAGCUUCUUGUUUGCUUGCGCGGAAAAUGAAUUUCACGAUUUGGGAAGCGAGGAAGGAAGGGUAGGAAGUGAGAUGAGAGAGAGAGAGAGAGAGAGAGAGAGUGAGUACAGAGGUGGAAGAUCGAUGCGAGUUUCAAACGACUUCCGGUUUUUCAGUUCGAUCGGAUCAAGCGAAAUAACGGGGAACGGAGAGAAAGAGAAAGAGAGAGAAAAGUCCUAUCUUUGGAAUGGAAGCAAAAGGAAACGAUUCUCGAGCGGAUAAUCUCGAUGCAAAUUCGUUUCUCUGGAUGGUCCAUAAAUCGGACGUCUCUCGAAUUUUGACGACGAGCUUCCUCGGUGUCGUACGAUUUAUCGCGGAUCGAUUACCAAAGAAAAUGAGCCUGGGCUACUUGCGAAUAAUAUCCGCGCUCCUAGUAAUCAUACUGCCCCGAUCGUUCACUUACGUUCUACUGUAUCCGCUUUUCAGAUUGGUAUUCGGCAAUUUGUACCCGGCGUAUGCUUCGUACAAAGCAGUAAGGACCAAGAAUGUAAAAGAAUACGUAAAAUGGAUGAUGUAUUGGAUCGUGUUUGCGUUAUUCACGUGCGCAGAAACUUUCACCGAUGUCUUCUUUAGCUUUUGGUUUCCAUUUUACUACGAGAUCAAGACUAUCCUCGUGAUCUGGCUUCUGAGUCCAGCUACCAAGGGCUCGAGUAUUCUUUACCGACGAUUCGUUCAUCCGGCUCUAAUUCGACGCGAGGCCGAGAUCGACGAUGCUCUGGCCCGCGCAACAGAGCAGGGCUACACGGCGGUGUUACACCUCGGCUCGAAGGGUGUCAACUAUGCUACCACGGUCCUUAUGCAAACCGCUAUCAAGGGAGGCGGUGGCCUGGUGCAGCAUUUAAAGAAGAGCUACAGUCUGAGCGACCUGACCGGCGAAAAGGAGGACGAGAAUAGAAACAUGGCCCAUAUGCACGACGAGACGGAUAUGGAAGUGGAGCCUCGUCGAAGGGAACACGCGGGAAGAAGAGGGUACAGUCCUCGUCGAACUCAAUCGACCAACAACCGAGUGGAGAUGUAUUUCUCCGAGGUGGACGUUGAUGUUAGACAAGCAAAAUCCAGGGAGUCCACGGCUAGCUUGACUAAUAUAAGAUCUUCGGACGACGUAUCCAGCGGAUAUAGCAGCGGGGAAGCGCUGCAGUCCACUCGUACGUCUCAAGCAGACUCGUUGGUUCGAACGUCCAGCGUCGGUGCAAGAACGCGCGCCAAGCCACGGUCGACCGCCAAGAAAACGCCAGAGGAUUCGGGAGAGGAUUCCAACGACAUCGGCAUCGAUCCUCCUUCCCACUCUCAAAUCACCUGCCCGAUUCCGACCCUGAUUCCGACACCGAACAUUUUAAAUCUCGUUACUCCGGAACAGGCUCUUGAAAUCUUGCUUUUGCUGUCGCAAAAUAAUCAAAUUGGUGAUUACGCGAAAUUCGGUAGCGGACAUUUGACCGCCGGUAAUCGCGAUUCGCUGGAAGAUAUGAGUAACGCGAGUCGAUCAGUAGCACAGUUAGAGCAAACCAACGCGAACGGUAAUAAUAACAGCCCGUCGGAUUGUUUAUCUCGCCCGGCACUCGAGACGGUUCCGAGCACAGAGUUAAAGAAUGAAUCGAGUAGCGAUGCAACACAGACGCAGCAGCGGGCGGUAAUAGUAAACGAUGAAACCUUCGACGAUGAGAAAAAUAUACAAAUAUCCGAUGCAGCUGUUCAUACGCCGACGACUGCUACUGAUGCGGCGGUAACGGUAGCGGAUGAACUUUGCAAAGAUAAGUUCGACGAAUUGAAGCAACUUUUGAGCGAUACCCGCAAGGCCGUCGACGACAUCGUGAGCACGCGGAAAACUUCGAGAGGUAGCGAGCACGACGUGUGCCUCAACCCGGAUGACACUAACACCUCGCGAAGAAUCGAUGAUUCCGCGGUCGAGAGAUUCGGACGAGCUGGCAAGUACAAUAAAAAACCGGCCCCGAAAGUGCCCCUCGCGCGAGACGAACGGCGGGCCAAAAGCGGCGAAGACGACGACUCGAUCGAGGCCGAUGCUCAGAACGCGUUCAAAGCUACUCUAGUAAUCAAAACCGGUAUCUUAAAAUCUUUCUCGAACGCGACAACCACCAAAGACACGUUUGUCGCUCGUCCGAGGACUAGUUCCAACGGUUCCACUUCCCGCGGCACGAACCAAGGAGACAAAUCCAAACGACAGCGAACGAAGGAAGGCUUCUCUAUUCCGAGAUUCUUCGCUAUUCCAAAAAAUAUAUUUCACGGUGCUUUUCACAAAUCGCGCGACGUCGACGACGAGAGGGCUGGAUUGAGUCAUACCGAGUCGCAAACGCGCGAAACCGAGUGGGUCGCUACAAAAGUGUCCGAGUCAGAUUCGGAUUCGAUUCCGGUACUAAACGACGACGACGACGAAGCGAAUAAUGGGAACGAUGAUCGUUCGAGCAGUUCGAGCAGUCGUUAUGUACUCGCAUCGAACGAAACGAUUGUACGCGACGACCGCGACGGUGAAACGAACGCUGGAUAUCCAGUCGAAACUGUCGACAGUCAGAAAACAGAGAACGACGGCGAUGUCGAAAUUGAUCGCGAAGAACGCGUUUCGCCUUCGUCUUCGAAUCUCGAUGCAACGACGGGCGGAACUGUAAGCGGGCAAACAAGAGAAACGUCGCCGUCUCCGAAAUCUGGCGAAAGAUUUGAAACGGAUAUUUUUUAGAAACUAUCACGCGACAACGACGCGACGCUACCUCCGAAUAGUAGAAUCGAAAUCACGAAUUAGUAGAAACACCGAGGAGAUACUACUAAAGAGUGUCAGUGGCCAUGUAAUCGUUGGGACAGCAAAUAAUGUCCAAUGAGGCUCAAAACACAGUCGGUGUUCGUUCUUUUUGGAGAAGAACAUUACAGAGGACCUUUCUUGUAUCUGGCAAUUGCUUAGCCCCGAUGACUGUUUUGCUUUUUAUUUUUUAUUUCGAUGACAAUAUAUUUUAGAGGACGUAAAAAAAUUCAUACUUUUUCGUGCGAUACAAAAUCCCAUUAGGCUGCUACUCUUUAAUAAUUCUUCCUCGGUGGUAGAAAAUAUAAAGACGCGUAUCGUCUAUCGGUCUAUCGUAGGGUACGACUUGGCAUAUUGUAUACGAUACACAUACAUAUGAUACAUACAGCGUAUAGCACGUACGAGGGAUUUUGGACCAACCGGUUGUCUCGAACAAACGAUCGCGAACGAAAUGUUGGUCGCCGCGUCAUCGUCAUCGCCUCCUUAUCCUCUUCGUUCUCCAAACACUUAUCAAAGUUGAUCCACUGGAAAUCCGGAAGGGACAGACAUGGAUCGAUACGCGGUCAUUUUGGGUCGUAUGAAAAAAUGAUAACGAACUUCGCUACCCUUCCUCGCAGCAAGAAGACGAGUAAGAAGAAGGUGGCAUGAAAUUUAGGACCUGCUGCUGUUACUGCUGUUGAUCGCAUCAAGGAAUAGUAUCACCGACGAAACGCUUUCUUUUCAAUACCUACGAUUCACGAUUUGCAACAGUUCCAACGUAGGUAUUUACUUUUGUUUAAUACGCUUCUGCACGAUCGAGCGUAUUGAUUUUUGAUCAGCAGCGUAUCGGUCGCAUGCCACGUGCCGUCGUGUUCCAAUGUGAAUACGUCGAGUACGAAAAUGUGAAAGAUAUUACGCGUCAGGAUAAUCGUAUCCUGGCGUCUAUGUACGUCUACGUCUCGUGUGAUCGGAACACGAGUUCGGUACUUACAACAGAUAGUAGGCGUACGAAUAGGCAUAGGACGUAGAGGCCAUAAGUACGAUCAGUUUUCGGCAUUCGGACAGCAACGAGGAGUUCGAAGAGGACUUCGCCUCCUCUAGUUGCCGCGUAUAAUUAACUACGUAAUUAUCGUCGUUGCUCGCGUGUCGUACCCUUGGCCGCAUAUUUCAUUGUUAGACGAUUCGCGCUCGAAGGUAUUCCAACGAGAACUGAAGUUCGAUCGAGUUUUUAUAACGCAUACAUACAUACUUUCGUCUGCAACGCAACGUUCGACGAUUACGCAAGUUUUAGUUGGUGCUCGUUACUCGCUACGGUCCAUCGACGUUAUACGAUGUCCGCGUAGCGCGUACGGUACGUUUUAUCGAUAGCCUAUAGGCCUAUAGUCCUUAUACCAGUUCCGAAGCCGAUGCCUGUAUCGAAUGAAAUUUCACCGGAACCGCGAAUUGUUCGGAAACAUCGCGUCGCUCCUCUGUAUCGUAACCUCGAGGUUUUAAAAAAAUCGAGCUGGUUCGAAGUAAAAUAGAUGCGACGUUUCGCGUAAAUAAGCGGUGCGUACUUAUGUAAAUCCGUCUACGACGCGAUAUGAUAAUACGUAACACGGUAACGGUAUGAGAGAGUUACGGAUUGUAUAAAAUCUAGUCAACCGAAGAGACAGGACAUACUCGCUCUCGAACAGUGCCACUUAAUCGUUAGUAGCAUCUACCAUACCAUAAGUAGUCGAUUAUGAUUCAUGACGUUCGACACGAGCAAAACUGGCUGACGGAUAAAUCACCAUUUUUCAUGAUUCACGUUAUAGAAAGCGAUGUACCAUAAUUACCGCGUUACGCUUAAGUCUAUCUAAUCUGGCGAAGGAGGUGAUUCAGUUUUAAUAUGUUUUAACGCAUACGAGACAUGCUAUCCAUCUCGUGCUUAUUUCUCAUUCGUGUUCGCGUUGUCCCAGCGAGCACAGUACACGGCCGAGUCUUAUUUAAGGAUGUAUUGGCUAUACAGUCAAUCCCAAAAAUUUAUGUGCCUUAGAAAAACGCAUUUCCUAUGA